AUGUCCAACAGCAGCUCCAUCACUGAGUUCCUCCUCCUGGCAUUCACAGACAACAGGGAGCUGCAGCUCCUGCACUUCACGCUCUUCCUGGGCAUCUACCUGGCUGCCCUCCUGGGCAACGGCCUCAUCCUCACUGCCAUAGCCUGCGACCACCACCUCCACACCCCCAUGUACUUCUUCCUCCUCAACCUUGCACUCCUCGACCUGGGCUGCAUCUCCACCACUCUCCCCAAAGCCAUGGCCAGUUCCCUCUGGAACACCAGGGCCAUCUCCUAUGCAGGAUGUGCUGCCCAGGUCUUUCUGAUUGUCUUCUUGUUUUCAUCUGAGCAUUCUCUUCUCACCAUCAUGUCCUAUGACCGCUAUGUUGCCAUCUGCAAGCCCCUGCACUACGAGAUCCUCCUGGGCAGCAGAGCUUGUGUCCAGAUGGCAGCAGCUGCCUGGGGCAUUACUUUUCUCUAUGCUGUGCUGCACACUGCCAAUACGUUUUCACUGCCACUCUGUGGAGGAAAUACCCUGGACCAGUUCUUCUGUGAAAUUCCCCGGAUCCUCAAGCUCUCCUGCUCACACUCCUACCUCAGGAAAUUUUGGCUUCUUCUGGUUGGUUUCGGUUUAGCAUUUGGCUGUUUUGUAUUCAUCAUUCUGUCUUACGUGCAGAUCUUCAGGGCCGUGCUGAGGAUGCCCUCUGAGCAGGGCCGGCACAAAGCCUUUUCCACGUGCCUCCCUCACCUGGCUGUAGUCUCCCUGUUUCUCAGCACAGCCAUGUUUGCCUACCUGAAGCCCACCACCUUCUCCUACGCAGUGCUGGACCUGGUGGUGGCAGUUCUGUACUCGGUGGUCCCUCCAACUUUGAACCCCCUCAUCUACAGCAUGAGGAACCAGGAGCUGAAGGGUGCUAUUAGGAAAAUGUUUUCACAGAUGUUUCUUAAGAGUGAUUAUUUUCCCUUCUUUCUCUGCAAAUGA